UUUUCAAGAGAGAAAAGUAAAAAAUCCGAGUGGGAGCAAUAGACUCGAAAGAGUAAAUCAGAAGGCAGAUGCCAAAACAGCAGCAAAUAGUUAAAAGCAGCGCUGCAGCAGGAACAGAUCAGCUGUUUCCCUCUCUUUUCUGUCAGCGGGAAAAAUCAGAAAGCUAAAUAAAAAAAUAUGGGAAGUUCGUCGAAGGAGGAGACGGCAACCGACGCUGAUACGUCCAGCGGCGACACUCCUCCCUCCAAUUCCAACCUCUUCUCCGAGGGCGAACGUGUCCUGGCCUAUCACGGCCCUCGUAUCUACGAAGCCAAGGCAGAGUUCAAAAAGCUGAGCUUCGGAAGAAGGAAUGGAAAUACUUUGUUCAUUACCUUGGUUGGAAUAAAAAGGAAACAGAAAUCAUUACUAUGGCUUGGACAUCUUGCCAACAGUUGGGACGAAUGGGUAGGUGCUGACCGGCUGAUGAAACAUACUGAAGAGAAUGUCAUAAAGCAGCAAGCUCUUGACAAAAAACAGGGUGUUGACAAAAGUUCAAAGUCCGGACGUUCCGCUCAGACCAAGCCAAAAAGCUCUGCUGAUGCAAAAGCGGAUAAAGAGGACCUGAAGAACACUGUGGCGAAAGGGAAGAAGAGAAAGAGUGACUCAGGUGUUGAGAAGGAUAAUUCGUCCAUGGAAAAGCUUGUCAAGAUCCAAAUUCCAUCAACACUAAAGAAGCAGCUGGUUGAUGAUUGGGAAUUUGUUACUCAACAGGAUAAGCUUGUUAAACUUCCUCGAUCACCAAAUGUUGAUGAUAUUUUGACAAAGUACCUAGAAUACAGGUCCAAGAAGGAUGGCACAAUGACUGAUUCAAUUGGAGAAAUCUUGAAGGGGAUUCGCUGUUACUUUGACAAAGCUUUGCCUGUGAUGCUUCUGUACAAAAAAGAGCGCCAACAAUACCAAGAUGUAGUCCUUGAUGAUGUCUCUCCAUCAACUAUAUAUGGUGCUGAGCAUUUACUACGCCUCUUUGUUAAGUUUCCUGAGCUAUUGGCAUAUGUGAAUAUUGAAGAGGAAACGUUAACCCGCUUGCAACAGAAGGUUUCUGCAAAAGAACCAGAGCACCUUUUUUCUCUCUGCAUAUGAUGGAUCGAGAGGUUCCGAAGGUAAGGGGAAAGGGAAAGAUGAUUAGACUGCUACGGUGAACUUUUCUACCAUCUCUAUUUUCAUAAUUUUGAUUACAAAAAAAUUAUGAAUUUAGUGGAAGAAUUCAAUGAUUGGCUGGAAUGCCGUCCUUUGCUUUGAUACGGACUGCAUAAAAUUGUUGUUGUAACAGUAGAGUUUGUCAUUAUUUGUUUUACACCAAUUUGGCCCUUUCCAGGUGCCAGGUGAGACUUUUGGGAUGUAUUUUGUACAAUGACAGAGGGAAGUUGCAGUAGCCUUUUUUAAUCUGAUCUUUUUGUUAGUGAUUGUUAUAGGUGGUAACAGAAUUCCAUUGUAAUAUGUUCAUCAUUUGGUGUGAUUCAUACUCUAACAUUCUGAACUCUGAAGGGCUCUGAAACUGCUUGAUCUUAAUUGCUGCAAUGUAAAUCUUUACCCUCAGGGCUUACAACGGUGUUACCAUUCAGCUCAUGAUAUGAAGACGCUCGAAAAGAACAUGUCAAGCGGCAGGUUGGUCUCUUA